GCCGUGGUUGGCCGGCGCCUCCAACGUCCUACUUUGUAAUUUCUUCCGCUGACGCUCGCCGCAUAUCGGGCACAGCAUGGUUUAUUUAUCUUCGCUGGAGGUCUGCGAGUCCUGCGAUCUCGCAUCGAGUUUUACACGACGCAGAGCUCCCAUCGUCGCUGGCAACGUCGCGGUGCCAGGCUCUUUGGGCAGUAAUUGCAGUACACAUCAGUUCCGUAGUAAAGUAUUAAUCGAGGCAGCUUAUAAUUACAAUGAGGUCUUCCAUCAAUUAUGUUGACAUGUCGACAAUCGCAUGAUCACAGAGUCGCUGCUGUUGACAUCGUGACGAUCAGUCGUACAUGACCAACUUUGGUAUCGACCCACGUCAUAUUCCCACUCGGAAUCCUCGAUUCCCAAUGAAAUAACGCAUCUGUAGUGUAGGG